GUCUUCUUACUUUCUUCUUUUGGUCCCUUCGCUUCUGCUGGUCAGACGUCGGACAUUUACCCAAAAACGCUUUUUGGUUUUCUCUUUCCAAUCUCGCAAAUCGCUCAACAACGUGCAGCCCUGACCCUCACCGCCGCAUCAAUAUGAAGCUCAGCUUUGUGCUCCUAGUCCUUGCCGCGACACUGGCCACCACCGCCUUUGCUACGCCUAUCAAAAUUUACCGUAACAGCAGCGCUAGGAAGCAGGCUGUGCCCCCAGGAUCAAUUCGCAACAAAGAACUAGAAGAAGGCAACCCGGAUGGCAAACCGGAAAAGGGAAAGCACAUCCCAGCGCAAGCUCCGCCUGGUGGACCAGAAAAGGACUGUGGACUCAGCUGCAACACAGACAAUAAAAAUCUCUUCAAAGGAGAGCACCUGCACAGUCUGGAGACUAACGAUAUCCCCCCGAAUUCCGGAUUCAAAGCCACGGAAGAUGGAGAUGACGGUAACCAUCCCCCCGGCCACGUCACCUUGAAGACCACACAGGACAUGAACAAAGAGGAGGUGAGUGGAGGCUCGCCCAGCGCUCCUUUUCUACGCAUGCAGAUCCUGACGACGACGACGACGACCCGCUGCCUGGUAGUACACGGAAAAAGUGAACGCUCUACCUUGGAAAUACGAGGAGGGUAAGAACCCGGACGGCAAAGUCAAGCCUAAGCCUGCGCCGGCGAACAAGGAUGGCCAACCUCAGCCUGCGCCCGGCCCGGCGAACCAGGAUGGCAAACCGCAGCCUCCACCGG